AUGCUACGAACACAUGUAAAGAUAGUUGUUUCUUUCGUUUCUCGUUUUCUUUCAUGAAUAGACACGAUCGCAAAUGCGCACUUAUUCUAAAAGCAAACACAAACACGGUCAUUUUUGGUUACAUUAAACACUUUAUUGAAACUUAAUGAGACCCCAAAUUUUGAGUGAUUCAGGCCGAGGGGUAUGAGCAAGCUUGAGGAAGCACGGAGAAACGCGCUGCGAUGAGAGUUCGCAUUCUGUUUUACACACGCGCUUCACUAACACCAAUACAAAUACCGUGCUUUGACGAGCCGUCUGUGAAUGUAUGUGUGUCUUCUUUCAGCGAGCUCAACUUGGAGCUGCUCGUCACAUCGUGUUGUCUCGCUUACACUACAGCAUCGAACCAUCGCUCCGUAUGUCCCCUCCUCCUACGCGUACAAAACCACCAGUACAGCGCGACGCUUUGUCGGAAAUGGUUGUGCGCGUUUCGUUCUAAGUCCCGCGCGCAGUGUUUGUGCGUUGGUGCGCAUUUCGUCAAAGUCUCGUGCGCUGGUGUGUUUUGAUGAAGUGUGAAGUAAAAAAACAGUGUGUACAGACGCAUAUGCAGUGCGGGCAUCGACAGGUAAGGAUCCAUUUAUUCACAGAUAUGUGUUUGCUGGAUGGAGGUCGUACUUAGCAGGACGACGACUUGAUGUGUGUUUUUGUUAGGUUCUAAAUGUGUGACGAAAGUUUACAUUAAGUUUCAAUAAAGUGUUUAAUGUAACCAAAAAUGACCGUGUUUGUGUUUGCUUUUAUAAUAAGUGCGUAUUUGCGAUCGUGUCUAUUCAUGAAAGAAAACGAGUAACGAAAGAAACAACUAUCUUUACAUGUGUUCGUAGCAUGGCUCGAAAGAACACAAACACAUUGAGAACAACAGAGCGCACCGUGCGUUACGGGUGGGGUGGGGGAGGGCUCGCGUGAGUGGGUAACUCAUUGGUCGAAGGGACACUGUCGGCCAGAGCAUGGAUUACGUUCGACGAAAUCCGUUUCGGCGCUCAGUACAAAAUGAAUUAUGUUCAUUUAAACAUACAUUUAUACCCUCCAGAUUCAAGUGUUCACAUACAAAAUACAGCAUGUCUUUGCUUACCCAUAUGUGUCACUUCUUCGUUUAUAUACAACACUUGAAAUCUUGCCGGAGCUUCUAUUAACCCUGUCACUGGCAACCAAAAAAACAUCAUAUUUCAGACAACUGGGCUACCCGGGUAGCCAGCGACUAUGAAGGCUUAUUAUUUUUGAAUGCGUUAUGGAAUAUCGAUGCAAUAUUCUGAAGAUAAUUUAAAAGACUUAUACAGUUUCUAAAACUGUGUAUAGAUUGGUUCAACUCGCUAUCGUUUUUAAGUUAUAACUUUUCAAAGUUGACAGGAUUUUUUGGAGUAUGAUGUUAAUUUGGUUGCAAAUGGCAGGGUUAAUGUUACGCCAUGUUGACAGACUUUCGUUUAUUUUUACAACUUGUGGAACAGAAACACAAAGUAUAUUGUUUGUUUUAAAAUGUUGUUCUUUUAUAACAGUAUAAACGUAGAAGCUGAGGCAAAGCAGGAAUUGAAAAGACAUCGUAGGAAUCUUCGAUAUAAUACCGAUCCUCUUGCUUUAACGGAUACAGCGUACGUAAAUAAAUUGAUAACUGUUUUGCUAACGUUAUCAUCUGAUUGUCGUUAUCUUCGUUGGCAAUUACAUUACAGAUUUGUUAACAACUUUAGGAUAUCGAAAUCUAUUUUCAUGGAUUUGCUUGAUGGUAUUGAUUCUUCGGUAGACACUCGCAGAGCGCAUGGAAUAUCAAAAAAAGAGAAGUUGACGGCAUGUAUAAUAUUCUUCGCAUCUGGGAGAUAUCAGCAUGGCGUAGGAAAAGAUUUCCAUGUCGCAAUGGCUCCGACAACUUUUAGUAAAGUUUUGAGAAGAACUUUACGACCACUCCACUCAUUAGUUGGGGAUUGGAUAAAUUUGCGAAUGACUCAAUCAGAGAGACAGGAAGCUAAAGAAUAUUUCUUCUUGAAAAGCGGUAUUGAGAACGUCGUGAUGUGCGUAGAUGGAACGCACGUUAAAAUUAAAAAACCGCAAGAACGUCCGCUUACUUUCCUGAAUAGGAAAUCAUUUUACAGCAUUAACACAUUGAUUGUGUGUGACCAUAAAACACGCAUACGAGCCGUUGAUGCACGAUUUGCUGGAUCACAUCACUAUGCGCACAUAUGGCGAGUGAGCAUUGUGCGCAAAUAUUUCCAACGAUUGCACAGAAGCGGGCAAAGGGAUAAGAUUUUGGGGGAUGCUGGGUAUCCAUCAGAACCGUGGCUAGUAAGACCGCACAGAGACCCAGACGAAGGAUCCGCCGAGGCAGAAUUUAACAAAAAACACUCUUCUGGUCGGAUGAUUGUAGAACAGACAAUAGGCGUUUGGAAAUCCCGGUUUCGAUGUCUCGCUGGGACAGACAGAGCACUAAACUACGAUCCUAAAAGAAGUGGUCUAAUUAUUAACACAUGUUGUGCGUUGCAUAACAUCUGUAUUGAAAAUAAUAUAGAGUGGCAACAAACUUUCACAGAUUUAUUAGAAGAUAUUUGACAAAAAUAAAUGCUAUUUUAUGCGCAAAAAAGUAAAAUUUGGUGAAAUUCAGUAUGGUUUGAAUAAAUUGAAACAUCAAAUGCGAUUCAUUUGUUUUGAGAAUUCUGAGCAUAUUUUUUAAUUCAUAAAAUCGGGUAACCAUGAAACUUUUAAGCAUUUUAGUAAUUAAUGCCUGGGCUGAUUUGCGUUACUA